AGGAAAGGAACACGCUACAGCACACUGCUAGUCGCCGGCGCCCCGUGCACAUGUGCCUUGUGAAAAUCAAGCCCCGAUCCUCCUUAUUUUCUUGGUUUUCGUCAACAUCCCGAAAAAAUGUUACUUAAACUCUGUGCAAUUUUUAUGUUACUGAAAUUGUCUAAUGGUCAGGACGAGGGACACGAGUGGGAUUUAGCAGUGGCAACAGCUGGACGUAUAGAACUUCUUUCAUAUAAUGGAACUCUAAUAGGAACUGCUAGUGAGGGUUUCGAAAAAUUAAAAGCUUUAACCUUCGAUAAUGUGAGACAUAGGUUCAUUGUCAGCGAAAUGGAUGAAUUUAAUAAUAAUGAUACAAUUCACGCCAUCGACCUAACCAAAAAUGCUGAUAACAAUCCCCUUAUUGCUGAUCUACCAGAUGAUGUCCAGGGAUUAGCUGUCGACCCAAUUGAUGAUAUACUUUAUUGGACUGAUUUCAAAAAUCGAACAAUCAACUUCCUAUCUCUCAAAGAUGAUAAUCCACAGGGUAAAAUUCUCUUUGCAUUCGACGAAGCAUCUCCUCAAGAUAUUGCAGUGGACAUUUGCAGAAGGUUUAUUUAUUGGACAAACUCUAACAGAAGGAAACCCUCCAUUGAAAGAGCAAAAAUUGGUUCGCGUAAGAGAGAAGUGUUAGUCAAUACUGAUCUGGGUUUACCUGCAGGAAUAACAAUUGAUUAUGUAACUAAAAGAAUAUACUGGACUGAUAUGAAAGGAGGUAUUUAUUUCAGAAUAGAAAGUACAAAUUUAGAAGGAAAAGAAAGACAAAUCAUAUAUGAAGGUAUAAACUCUGAGCCCUUUGCGGUUGCUGUCAAGGAUGAGCAUCUUUAUUACACAGAUUUACGAAGAAAUGCUCUUUGGAAAUUUGAUCUUGAAUCUAAAACACAGCCAAUAAUUAUAAGAGAGUUUGAACAAAAACCAAUGGGCUUGAUAGCGAAGAAAAAACAAAUUCGUACAUUGCCUGAGUGCCAGUCACUAGAGCAGGCUUAUGAGAAGUACUCAAACCCUGUGAUAGAGAAUUUUGAUAUAUAUAAAGAAGAUGAAACGGUUAAGAAGGAAAUUCAAUGCAUAAAUGGAACUAUGGAAAACGGCGUUUGCAAAUGUUCUAGAGGUUAUAGUGGAGUCUUUUGUGAAUUAUCUUUGUGCCAUAAUUUUUGCCUUUUGGGCUCAUGCCACUUAACAAGCCAAGGUUAUCCAUACUGCCACUGUCCCGAAGGAUCAGGAGGAACUAGAUGUGAAAAAGACUGUGAUGGAUAUUGUAUGAAUGGUGGACGUUGCUCAUUCAGUUUGGCUGAUGCAAAGUUACCAACUUGUUCUUGUCCUGAAGGUUUCAAUGGACCUAGAUGCGAAGAAAGUGUAAUUAUAGAUAGUUUAUGCGAUUUAUAUUGUAGUCAAGAUGCAUCGAAUUCCAAAAUUCAACAUGACAACAGCUACUGCAAGUGUAGUGAAAGAAAUUAUACUAAUUUGGGAAAUCAAUCUCCUCAAGCGUUAUCAUCUUUAGAAGGUACAUCGAACUACAUAAAUUAUCUUCAGGACCCAGUUUUCAUUUCCAUGGGUUGUGUCACCUUAACUGCCUUAUUAGCUUGUAUGGUUCUUACUUUGAUUGUGGUGUAUCUUCGAAGGAAACCAAACCCUAAAAUUAGGAGGAGAUACAUCGUGAAUAAGAAUCCUUCAACUUCUAUGACUGAAAGACCUCAUGCUCAACAGUGUGAGAUAACCAUAGAGAACUGUUGCAAUAUGAAUAUUUGUGAAACACCUUGCUAUGAGCCACCAAGAUUGCAAAAAAUCCUCUCCAGUAGAAACGAAGAUAAGAAGAUGUUACUUUCAAAUAUGGAGAAAGUGGAGGACUAUUGACCUAGGACCUAAGUCUGAAUUGUUCAUCCAUUUGAAACAAAAGGGCUGUGACCUCCAAAAAGUAUUCAAAUUAUUUCUCUUUGGGGGAUAUUUAUUCCCUGUGAAAAAGAGAUACAAAUAUCAGAGUGUUAGAAGGACAAGAGAAUGUUAUGAAGGAUAGAAUGCUAAACAUAUUUUAGAAAUGUUCACUGCAGACAAUGAGGAUGAUGUAGUUUGAUCGUUAUUUUCUUGAAGGCUGUUUGACAUAUUUUGAUACUUUUUCCACCCCUAAUUUUGAAAAUAGCAUGAUGAAAUGAAUUUUUAUUCAGAAGUACCUAAUAUAUUCAAAAUUGUGUCAAUCAACUUUCUGGAUGUUGAACACAAUAAAUUCUGAAAUAAGUUGGAUAUUUAUAAGUGACCAAAAGGUUUGGGAGCAUAUCUACUAUUUGCACUGCCUGAUUAGAAUAUUUUAUAAGAAUGAUAAAUAAUAAAUCGAUAAAGCUGAAAUAUUUUAUAGAUUUGUAGUUUAGUUAUUAUCUUUUAUUAAUACCUAUCAGAUCAGGCAAAUAAUUUUUCAGUUUUAAUGUGUGUUUUUUUUUCAUUAUUUCAAAAUAUACUAGGUACUUCUUUUUGAUGUUUACUGAUUUUAUUCAUAUUUCAUUUGGUGUUAAAUCAAAUCAAUAUAGGAAAUUAUUAAUGAAAAUCAAUUUUAUAUGUUUAACAAUUUUUUUCUUAGUACAUGUACUUAAAACUAAAUAUAAUUUAGUUUAGUACUCAGUACUUAUUGUUUUUGUUUUGAAUUAUUUAUUUUAUCUCCUUUUUUGCUAUUCAACUUGAGAUUGGUUGAUGAAAACCAAAACUUAUUGUUGAAAAUAAAAAUAAUCAUUUAUGUUAAAUUUUAGCAAGGAUAAAGUUUUAUUUAUCAUUUUAGAUGUAGCUCACAAUUGUGAUAGUACCAAUAAUGAGUAGUAAUUCUUGUCUGAUUAAAAUAGGUUUAAUGGAGUAUGAAAGUACUCAAAUAUUUUUUCGCCAAGGUAGCUUAUGUCUGUAUAAUUUAAAUUAUCUUCUGUUAUUAUUAUUAUAAUAAACCUGACAAAACCUGUGAUAGUUGAACAGAAUUUUUGUCUGAAUAGAAAAGUUGGAUGGUGCGGUAAUUGAAUGCAUUUCAGAUUUGAUUAUAAGUGUGGAUGAACGAAGUUUAAAAUUAUUUUUUUUAUUCCGUAACAAUGAUAAAAAUUCCUUUGUAUUAUAAAGAAGCACAAUAUUCUCAUUUUCAAAGAAACCUUUACUUAAAUUAUUUUGACAAUGUUUUUAAAAUUCCAUUUGUUUAUCCACAUUAUUUUUAUGACAAACUUGAAGUGUGCUAGUGGAGGUAUGGAUGUGGAUUAUUUCCUGGUUUAAAGAAUGAAAAAAUUGGAAAAACAAAUUGCCAUUGAAAACUUUCAAAAUGUUAAUAAAGAGGACUUCCUGUGAUUA